AUGGCGGCGGCCGGAAGCGGAAGUAGCCUAGUCUCCAUGGCGGCGGCCGGCGGUCCCGUGUUGUGGCGGCGGCUCUUGGGCCUGCUGCCUCACGGGAGGCUGGGCCUGGCCGCGCUGCUCGGGCGCCUCUCGGACCGGCUGUCCCUCGGCCGGGACCGGCGCUCCCGGAGGUCAUCAUGGCUGCUGGUGGCCCCAUUGCUCACCCCUGCGGUUCCUCAGGUCAUAGCCCCAUCGUUCUGCGUUUGUCCUGAGGGGGCGCACAGGUUCCAGUGGAUCAGGAACCUGGUUCCAGAGUUUGGGGUCUCCAGCUCUCACAUCCAGGUGCUCUCCUCCCCAACUGAAUUCUAUGAGCUCAUGAAGGAACAGAUAAAGGCAGCCAAGCAGCGAGUGGUGGUGGCUUCGCUGUACCUUGGAACAGGACUCCUAGAACAGGAGCUGGUGGAUUGCAUAGAAGAAACACUGGAGAGGUCACUGCAGGCAAGUGGGCCCUCUGACUUCAGAGUUUCCAUUCUCCUAGAUUUCACAAGGGGAUCUCGAGGCAGGAAGAACUCUCGAACCAUGUUACUUCCACUGCUGAGAAGGUUUCCAGAGCAAGUCCGUGUAUCCCUCUUCCACACUCCAAAUCUGCGUGGGCUUCUCAAACGCUUAAUCCCUGAGCGUUUCAACGAAACCAUCGGGCUGCAGCACAUCAAGGUUUACCUCUUUGAUGAUAAUGUGAUCCUGAGUGGCGCAAACUUGAGUGACUCGUACUUCACCAAUCGGCAGGACCGCUAUGUGUUCCUACAGGACUCUCCGGAGAUUGCCGAUUUCUUCACUGAACUAGUGGAUGCAAUUGGAGAUGUGUCACUGCAGUUACAGCCAGAUGAUACAGUCCAGAUGAUGGAGGGGAUGGUGCAUCCUUACCAAGGAGACAAGACGGCGUAUUGUGAAGUGGCAAAUAGGAGAGUAAUGGAAGUGAUCAACGCUGCCAGGACACGACAAGAACUCCACACGCAGACUUUUCAUGGAAGGCGAUCAGAAGGAGAUCCGUUAUUGCCCCAGCGAGAACCUAAUGCAGGAAGGGACCAAAAACCAGAACCGGACACCUGGAUUUAUCCACUAAUUCAAAUGAAACCCUUUGGGAUUCAAAUAGAUGAGAGAGUCACAGAGACGUUGCUGACAGAGGCAGAGCGAGGUGCCAGAAUAUACCUCACCACUGGCUACUUCAACCUCACGCAAGCCUACAUGGAUCUCGUUCUGGGCACCAGAGCAGAGUAUCGGAUUCUACUGGCCUCACCGGAGGUGAAUGGGUUCUUUGGUGCCAAAGGGGUGGCAGGUGCCAUUCCUGCUGCCUAUGUUUACAUUGCACAUCAGUUUUACAACGAGGUGUGCUGCCUUGGCCAGCAAGACAGGGUCCAGCUGCAGGAGUACUCCAGGAAUGGAUGGACUUUCCACGCUAAAGGCCUCUGGCUGUACUUGGCAGGAAGCAGUCUACCCUGCCUGACUCUGAUUGGCUCUCCUAAUUUUGGGUACAGGUCGGUUCAUCGGGACCUGGAAGCUCAGGUUGCAAUAGUGACAGAAAAUCGUGACCUGCAGCAGCAGCUCCAUCAGGAGCAGGAGCAGCUUUACCUCAAGUCAGGCGUCGUGUCGUCCUCUACAUUUGAACAGCCAACCCGCUAUGUAAAGCUGUGGGUGAAGCUGGUAACGCCUCUGAUUAAGAACUUCUUUUGAAAGGAGAAAGGAUCUUCCUCUGGCUUUCCUGAAAUGUGGCACCCAGAACUGGACCCAAUACUACAGUUGAGGCCUAAUCAGUGCGGAGUAGAGCAGAAGAAUUACUUCUCGUGUCUUGUUUACAACUCUCCUGCUAUUACAUCCCAGAAGGAUGUUUGCUUUUUUGCAACAGUGUUACAUUGUUGACUCAUAUUUGGCUUGUGAGCCACUAUGACCCCAGGUCCCUUUCCGCAGUACUCCUUCCUAGGCAGUCAUUUCCCAUUUUGUAUGUGUGCAACUGAUUGUUCCUUCCUAAGUGGAGUACUUUGCAUUUGUCCUUAUUGAAUUUCAUCCUAUUUACUUCAGACCAUUUCUCCAGUUUGUCCAGAUCAUUUUGAAUUUCAAUCCUGUCCUCCAAAGCACUUGCAACCCCUCCCAGCUUGGUGUCGUCCACAAACUUUAUAAGUGUACUCUCUAUGCCGUUAUCUAAAUCACUGAUGAAGAGAGUGAACAAAACAAGACCCAGAACUGAUCCUUGCAGGACCCCACUUGAUAUGCCCUUCCUGCUAGUAGAACUCUGGAUCCAAAACGCAGGUGGAUAAUGUGCUUUGGGAACUCUGGUCCCACUGUCUCUUUAUGCCCAGCGGUGGGGGUGAGCAGCUCCCAGAUGCUUUAGGGCUCUUGCAAAGCUGAGUGCAGGACCUGAGGCGAUGGAAAGUGGCUGCCAGCCAGUGCAGCUGGAGGAGGGGUUGUAGCUUUGGAAAAAGGAAGCCAAAGAGAUUAACCAUUUCCUCUCUCUCCUGCCUGUAAUAGUCUCUGCCGAGGUUUGGCCCUCAGCAGGGCUGUGGGGUAUCCCACCGCCUCGCUCUGGUCUGCCGUCAGUCCUGGUCCAGCGGUAGUGUGGGACAGCAAACACACGGUUAGGGGCUCAGGCCCGUAAGCAGGGGAUGAGCCCUCAAUCAGGGCAGAGCAGUAAUCAUGCAGUCUGGAGCCCAGGCCCUUAAGCAGGGGUUGGGUCAAGGAGCAAGAGGUCCCAGCCUCUCUAGGCCAGGGAAAAAAGGGGGAGUCUGCCACCCAAGGUGUGGGUGGCAGGGGGGACGCAGGCCCUCCCACUCCACUGCGUCCCAGCCCGGGGCCCUAGUAGCGGCGGAAACUCGCUGCUGUCAGUGGGGAUCCUGGCCGCAACACACUGACAUAGGCUCUGGCCGUGCAGCAGCCAGACUGGGGUCAGCUGCCCUCGGGCUACUUCCACACUCCCCCUCGUAGGGUACCUGGGCCGUACUAGUGUCCUCGGUGCUCUCCACCAGCAUCGGUUCCUCUGGGUAGGAAACGAAGGAUAUGCUCGGCUCCUCCUCGGGAUAGCUGGAAAGGGGCAGGCUCGGCUCCUCCUCGGGGUAACUGGAAAGGGGCAGGCUUGGCCAGUCCUCCUCAGGGUACCGGGCGAGGGGUAGGCUUGGCCGGCCUGCUGCUGUCUCCCAAGCGGGCGCUCAGC